CAAAAUGGAAGAGACAAAACAUCCCAUUCUCCCUACACACAUCGAAUUAGAAAAAUCCGAGCCAAUGAAGGACUUCCUCAAAGCCCACAAGAUCUCCAAAUACAUCCGCAAGAACGUCUCCAUAGAUUACCCGACCAUCCUCCAGAAGAACGUCAUCCCAGUAAUCACCACCCCGUCCACUUCCUCUGUCAUCAUCCAGUACACACCUCCUGCUGGUAUUAAGCUGACAUAUCUUUUCCCUCUGUUGACCAGAGCCAUUAAGGAUAAAGCACAUGAAGAAGCUGGAGAAAAGAAAAUUAUGAUCAUUGCUUGUGCAUCAAAGACAAGAUGCAACGAUAUUCUGUCCACUAUGAGGCCUCUCCUUGAAGACGAAGAUGGCGAGACUCCAUUAGAUAUCCUUACACUUGAUCAUACCAUCGAGCAUGUCUCUGAUCUAAAUAGUCUGUACUCCAAUGAAGAGCAAGUCAAAAAGAAAAAGAAGGUGUUGAGCUUUGAUAUUUUGGUCACUACAACCAAUAAUCUUCAUUUCCUUCUUGAAAAUGAGUGUUUCAGUGGAAUUAAGCAGGAAGUACAGAUUUCAUCCUUAAUUGUUGACAAGAUUGAUCUCCAUCUAGCAACAGAUCUUGAAGAGGAGCUUGCUGGUGCAGGAAAAUUGAUCCAGCCAUUCCUCAUGAAAUCUGAAGAGAGGCUUCUCACCAAGGUUGUUCUUACCACCAAUGAACAAGAGAAAGAUGAAACUUUCAAUGAUAUCAGAAAAGCUUACAUUGGCGAUGAAAAUGCAGUCGUUAUCAAGCUUAAGGAGCAGACUAAGAGCAGCUCACGGUACGAAUCCGUUGGGCAUCUCGUUAUCGAAUGUGACAGUGAGCUUCAGAAAUACCUCGCGUUCUACACUCUCACUAAGUUUGGAAUUAUUCAAGGCAGGACUGCUCUUUUCGUUGACACAAUCCAGGAAGCUUAUAAGGUGAAAAUAUUCUUAGAAAAAUUUGCAAUCAGAUCAGCAGUGGUGAAUCCAGAAGCUACUCAAGUAUAUCGGAAAUCAGCAGUGAGAUACUUCCAUGCGGGACAAUACGAUAUCUUGAUCUUGGUGCGCAUGAAAUAUAGCUUCAAGCUGAAGCUUUCACAGGUAGUCAAUGUGAUCAACUUCACGACACCUCAGAACAUCCAAGACUAUGUUAUGGGUGCCAACAAGCUAGGGUUUGAUAACUCUUCUGUCCUCACAUUUGUAUACAAGGAAGGAGCUAGAGUUUACGACAAUAAGGAGCACAAAUACCUGGAAAAUCUUACAAAGAAAAUGCUAAAAAGACAUAAUAGAAGUUUAUUUGUGACUUUACCUAUUGACUGGAUCGAAGUUAACAGACUCAAGGGACGGGUUGACGACAUCCUCUGCACUCUUAGCUCUAAGAAGAUUAAGGAUUAUAUGGGAAAUGAAAUCAAAAAGCAAAUUCUCAACAACAAGCGACUCAAAGAGUAUUUUGAUGAACAUCAAGAAGAGAAGGAUAUUCUUAAGUCAAGCGUAGAAUCGGAGUAUAAGUUCAGAUUCUUGAACCAAAAUCUUGACUUUGUUCCUGACUAUCUGCUGCCGAAGCACAUCCUGGCUUCUGCUAUUGAGAAGAAGAUUGCUGGAGGUAAGGAGAACCUUGCUUCAGCAGAUCAUAUUACUGGACUGACCAAUGACCUCAUUUUCGUCCAAAGAUUGAACAGUAUUCCUAAACCAAAGGUAUCAAAGAUGACCUUGAAAUAUGAAGAUCCAAAGUUGUUGGCUCCAGAGAAGCUUGAGUUCACCUCAGGAAGGAAGUUAUGGAAAUUGAAGCAUAAGAAAAGAGUCAGAAAGGCUAUUAAGAAGGCUAAGGAUGGAUAUAUCGGAUCAUAAUUGUCCAUUUACAUUCAAUUUCA